AUGUGUACGGUGGCUCAGGGGGAGACAGUACCGGCCUGGGAUAUUGUCAACCAGGGAACUCGUGUCUAUGGUGGCCAUAGGGCCCCGUGUAGGCAGGGAACAAGGUGGUCCGAUACCAGGACCACAUUCUACAUAAAAGUUGAAAAAUACGGAGCUAGUUGGGCUGUAACUGUUACUAUUGAAGGUCAUGAGUUAGCCACAGUCACAGACAUCUACGUUAAGGCUAUGUUGGGUAACAAACUAGUCAACACGGGUUCUGUGGCAUUUAGUGGCCCACCUGGAUAG